AUGGUACAAACUGAAGCUCUGUCUGGUUUUGGUCGCACGCUGCGGCACUUUGUGGCCGCUGCGGACAACGGCAAAGCGCAGUCCAAGUCCAGGGCCUGCCUCCCUGGCCCGUACCUCUCCUCCGCACGGCGGACGGUGCAGGGCUCCUGCGUGUGUCCUCUCCGUUCCCAGUGUCCCCACGCUCCAGUCGGCCCCGCUAUCACAAGGCCGCCGCGGCCUACCAGGGCCUGGGGGCACGGAGCCCACAGCCUCCCUCGCCCGACCCCACCGCCCCCGGGGCCCGACCCCCACCACGGCCUGGCGGGGACGCACCUACCGGCUGCCGCCUCCCAGCUGCUGCUCCGGCACCCACAGGCUCCGGGGCGGGGCGGGGAGAGGCGAGGCGGGCAGCGGGCGGUGCCGGGGCGGAUUGGGGCCGUGCUGAACCCGCCGCGGGCCGGGGCUUGCUUCUCACGCGGGGCCGCUCGCGGCCGGGGCCGCAGCCUACAGCCACCAGCGGAGCGCGGCCUGCUCCCCUGCGCGAGGCCGCACCGGGCCAAGCCUGCUCCCAGCGCCAGGCCGCACCGGGACGGGGCCUGGUCCCGUCGUUCUCCCCCUGCCAGGCUGGCCCAGGACGGGGACAGAACGCCGGGGCCAUCGCCAGGUAACGUCCUCCGUGACCUCAUACCGGGGAUCCCACCAGCGGCCACGGCCCGAGGCCCCCCUCGGGCGACCGAAGGCAACAUGACUCUCACCAUCACGCUGGCGGACGUGGCCUCCAGCGUGACCAACGGCGGCAGCACUCAGGUCGGCAGGCUCUGUGUCCUCCUGCCCGGACCCCCGGAGCACAUCCAGCUGCAGGAAGGUGGGCAGGACGAGGCGGGUCUCUAUCAGCCGCCGCUGAGGCGCCCUGGCGGGACCCUGGACACCGCAGGCCCUGCGGAGCAGCAAAUGGCGCAGAUGAAGAGGAGAAUAGAAGUGACUGAGGCGUCGAUGACGAAGGUCAUGGACAUGCUGCAGGAGGUGCUCACCACCAUCUGCUCCCUGAAAACCACCAUCGAAGGCUUCGAGGAAGAGCUACAUCUCCUGAAGGACAAUUUCCACAAGGCUAGUCUGGAAGAGAUGCAAGAGCGGUCAGUGCAGCAGGACAAGUAUAGCCACAUCCUGCAGAGCAUCCUGGACCAACUGGUGGAGGUGCGUCAGGAGCUGUGCCGGAGCUCUCUCUGCAGAAUGCCCGCUGGUGAGAAGCCCUCCAGCUGGGAGCUCAGUCCUGAAGCCUCACAGGAGCUGGGCCAAGAAGCCUCAUGCAGGCUCAGCUGGAUGCUGGAGCAGCAUGAGACUGUGGAAACCCAUGGCCUGGAUUUUGGCAGGGAGGUGCUGGGCCAGGUGAGACAACUGCAGAAGCAAUGCAUGAGGCUGCAGGAAGCUGCGGAGCGGCUGUGGGGUGACACCAAGGAUACCCAGAAAGCAGACAAGGCUGCACUGAAGACCAAAGUGAGCCAGGAGGAGCUACAACAUGCCAUGGUCCAGCUGAGCGAGAUGAUGCAGGACCUGCUUCAGAGGAUGUCCCAGAUGGACCAGGACACACAGAAUGCCCUAGAGAAGCUCCUUAAUGAGAUGGACUCCAAGCUGGACCAUGUGGCACUGGCUCCCCUACAGGCACAGCUGGAGCAGGUGAGAGGGCUCAUCCAGCAAUGCCUCUGCCAGGGACCCUGCAAUGAUGGCCGUGCUGCCGGCUUCAAGAGGCAGCUCUCUGGUCCAGCAAAGUGCAUCUCCUGCAACAGACCCUUGGCCAUGGCCCCAGCACCGCCCUUGGUGACCAUCCGAAAGACCAGCCAGUUCCUCCAGCCCCAGCCAGCCAGCACCUCCAACUGCCUGGUACAGCAGCUGCUGGAGAGGGCCAGCCAGCGCCCUGGAAGUUCUGCCAGGCCACUGUCCACCUCCACCUCCCUUAUCACCGUCUGUCCCUGCAGACACCCAGCUGACUUCAUCUGCAAUAACAGAGAAGUGGAUAUUUUGGGCAUCGAUGGGGUCAUCUACAAGGGCAGGCUAAACUCACUGGGUACCAAUAGGACUGCCACCAUGGGCAAGGACUUCCCAUGUAGGGGAUCAGCCCUGGGACAGCGCAUGAGUUCUGGCCAGGCUGUGCAGUCACAUGAACGUCCCACUGUCAGCACCUGGGACGGUGCUGUGCCAGUCUGUGGCAAAAGCAUCAGCAGCCUCUCAUCUCCCUGUGCUAGCAGUGUCUCUGCUUCUCACCUUGAAACAGUGAAGAACCCACAGGCCCGCACCCGGCACACCACAGAGAAGAUGGUCAGCAUCCCCAAGUAUGGCAGCCACUAUGUGUCCCCAUACUCACGUGCCGCCAUGCAGAUGAAGACAAGCUCUUCGGGGGGCCACUGGCAGACUGCCAUGGGCAGCAGCUGGACUUCAGGUGUCUGAGCUGGGCAGGGGCUGUGAAAUGGUAUGGGGAUCUGGGGAGUGGAUGGGCAACACCAGGGACUCAGGGAAUGGGUGUGGUGAGUGCCACACUGCCCUGGCAGCUGCUCUUUGGAUGGCAUA